CUGGAUAACAGUCAUGUGGCCACAUAACAGCAGCGGCUCCAAACGUGAGCAUUUCUUACUCGACACCAUCCGGCUCCGAUUUGAUCCCUUCGCUCUUGUCCUGCCUUCGAUUUGUCCGGGAGCUGAACGAUUCCCACGAGGAACUGGGAGCGAUGGAAAGACUGGUGUUCUCAUUCACCCUGCUGGUGACAUGUGCGGCUGUGCGUCAAGACCUCUCUGGGAAGGUCAUGAUCUUCUCACGUGAGUCCAACACUGCCCACGUGACGCUCACCCCCGAUAAGACCACCGACCUGCACGCUGCCACCGUCUGCCUUCGUUUCUUCACGGACCUCGAAAGGACCCAGAGCCUCUUCUCGUUGGCCACUCGCCGUAAGGACAACGGCUUCGUGUUGUUCACGGCAGACGGUGGCAUGUACCAAGUGUGGAUCAUGGACAGCCUCACCAUGUUCUGGGGGCUCCCACAGAAGCUGAGCGAGUGGAUGUCCUUCUGCGCGACCUGGGACUCGGUUACGGGGCUGACCCAGCUGUGGGUCAACGGGAGGCCCGGUCUCAGGAAGUCCCAACAUCGUGGAGGAAACAUACCUGCACCUCACAGCAUCAUCCUGGGCCAGGAACAGGACACCUUUGGAGGGGAUUUCAAAAUUACGCAAUCGUUCUUCGGUCAUCUCACCGAUCUUCACAUGUGGAACUAUGUGCUCUCUCCGGUGGACAUCCAGCACUUCACAGAGGACGCCACGUUCUUGCCGGGGAACGUGCUCAAGUGGGGGGACCUGGAGCAUACCAUUCACGGGUUUGUUGUGGUUGAAGAUAAGCAGCGUCUAACGGAGUGAAAUCAGAAUGAAAGACCGACCGCUUCGAGAGAGAGUGGAGCAGUACGCAGUCCCGAGAUCCGGCAAAAUUCGAAAUAAAUUGCAUAGAGACUUUGCCCGCAGAAUUACAUGGUGUUUACAAGUGUGCUUUA